CACACCUUCAGCAAAUUAGGACUAAUUAGCUUCUAGCAGAUUUCAUUAAAACAUGGCUCUCUACUUCAGCCCGGGGUCGUUAUUGUGACAUUUCUUUUAGGCUGUCUGUCCACAUCAUGGCGUUUUCCCUGAGAAACGAUGCCCGCCGCCCUGAGAGCCCAGACAUGGACUCUCCGGCCCUCUCCACCUGCAGCAACGCUGACAUCUUCCGGAGGAUGAACAACAUGCUGGGCAAUGCGCUGGACUUCACCGGUGUGUGCACCACACCCAACAGCACCAAACACAAAGACUGUGAGUCGGAGCUGGCUGCUGUGGGCAGCAGGAGGAUGCUUUUUCCCAAUUGUGGCAGCAUACCCAGCUCCCAGGACAUCCCCAUAUCCCGGGGCUCUUCGGAUGUCUCAGACCUCGGCCUUGGACUGCAGUCGCUCCGGCUGUCCAGCUGGGAUAGACCGUGGAGCAGCCAGGAGGCGGACUCUCAUUCUCCAUCAGCCCAGGUUCAGAGCAGCUCUAACUCCAUGCUGGGCAUGUUGAACAAUCCUUUCAGUAGCAUCCUCGGGAAGCCUCCAGGCUAUCUGCCCCAAGAGUCCCUGAGCAUGACUGCUGACUUUCUGGAGAAGUUCCCGGGAAUGGCCCGCAUGGCAAACCGACUGGACUCCAGCUCCUUUUUGGACUCUCGCUCCAGCAGUCCCCAAGACUCUGAGACCAGUGGGUUUAGCUCUGGAUCAGAUCACCUCUGUGACAUGCUGUCAACUUUGCGAAUUUCUCCUCCACUGCCUUAUGUGACGUCCAACAAGCAGAAGGACCUGCUGCGGCUGGGCUCAAGACUGGAACCCCAGGACACGAGCUCUCCUCUCACUCCACCGCCCAGUGCCAGCCCCUCCUCUUCAACAAUUUCCCGCCGCUGGCGCACCGGCUCCCCAUGGCCAGGCUCAGACGUACUGGACCAGUCAGAUGACACGUUCAGCAUCGAGAGGGAGGCCCGUCUGCACCGGCAGGCUGCAGCUGUGAAUGAGGCCACGUUCACCUGGAGUGGUCAGCUGCCUCCCAGAAACAACAAGGAUCCCAUUUACUCCUGUAAGGUCUUUCUUGGUGGCGUGCCAUGGGACAUCACUGAAGCUGGCCUGAUCACCACCUUCAGUGGUUAUGGCCCUCUGACUGUGGAGUGGCCAGGUAAGGAUGGAAAGCACCCUCGCUGCCCUCCUAAAGGUAAUGUGGCUAAAGGAUACGUUUACCUGGUAUUUGAAAACGAGAAGUCUGUGAGGGCUCUGCUGCAGGCCUGCUCCAAGGAUCCCUUCCACCCAGAGGACAACCGGGAGUACUACUUCAAGAUGUCCAGCCGCAGAAUGCGAUGCAAAGAUGUACAAGUGAUUCCCUGGGUGAUCUCUGACAGUAACUAUGUGCGCUGUCCUGCCCAGCGCCUGGACCCCAGUAAAACUGUGUUUGUCGGUGCUCUGCAUGGCAUGCUGAACGCUGAGGCGCUGGCCAGCAUCAUGAACGACUUGUUCGGAGGGGUCAUGUAUGCUGGCAUCGACACGGACAAGCACAAGUACCCCAUAGGCUCUGGACGUGUCACCUUCAACAACCAGCGCAGUUAUCUGAAGGCCGUGUACGCAGCGUUUGUGGAGAUCAAAACGCCAAAGUUUACAAAAAAGGUUCAGAUUGACCCCUACCUGGAAGACUCCAUGUGUCAAGUUUGCCUUCGUCAGCCUGGACCUUUCUUCUGCAGAGAUCAGGCCUGCUUCAAGUACUACUGUCGCUCCUGCUGGCACUGGCAGCACUCCAUGGACAUCUUGAGCAACCACCGGCCCCUCAUGCGCAACCAGAAGAACAGAGAUUCCAGCUAAACCAGCGGUCCUGGCACUCUGUGGAGCUGGAGGAAGAGCACCCCUCUGUGGGGUGCAGCUGCCUGCCGAGGAGAGCACGUGUGCUGGAUGUCCUUCAGUAGGAGGGCACCACGACACGCCACCAGGGGAUAUCACUGUAGGAAACGUUCACUUUUGCACUUGCUACAUUUUUGCUGUUCACAGUGGCACUAUGCACAGCGACCUUGUUAGGAGUAGACAAGGGGCCCUUCACACUUAAAGCAUUUUCUCACACUUGUGGCCACACAUGAUGAUAGAGAGUCAGCCUAAAGUUUAGAAGUGAAUGAAAAUGCCUCCUUUUUUUUUUUUUUCCCUUUGUUUACAUGUAUUGCAUAGUGAAGAGCAAUCACGCAAGUCUCAUUGCCAUUCACUGGCAAAUGCCAUACAGUGCCUUUAAAUUUUUAUUUUUCCCCACUCCUCCCUCCCCUUAGCCCAGUUGGCGUCUGUUUUCCUGUGCAAGCCAACCAGUGUUUCUUACUUUUUGGGAGUUGAAUGUUGGGCUUCAUUUAACCAGUCGCAUUUCAGACAUUUUUACGCAGUUUUUUACUAGUUUGUAAACAGAUGGUUUUAAGUCAUGACAUGGAAAAUUUUUGAACAAUUCUACCAGGUUGCUGUUUAAGGGGAAAACACCCCUUUUAGUUUUUUUUUUUCUCAUACAUUUUCAGUUUUUUUUUUUUUUUUUAUUUGCCCUCCCAAAUUUCAGCUGAAUGGGCACAAAAUGUUGGAUGACUAACUUGCUUUGUUGACCCGGUUAUUCAAUGUAUUUCGGUAUUACUGGAUACGUCUCAACAUGUGAGCCAUCACUUUUAGAACCUUUGAUGGAUCCAGUUGCGACUGGAGUGAUUUAAUUGUAAGUUUCUUUUUUUUUUUUGCACUUUUUAAUUUCCACGUGUGGAGAGGUGGCAGUGGUUUUUAAUCACUUUUGUACAUCAGCAGGGGACAUGCCUUAUGGUUGAACAGCUGCUUGUUUUCCUGUUGAAUGUAAGAACUUCCACUAAGGUGCAAGCUUGGAGGUGGCUCUGUCCAGAGCUUGAGUAGACCCCCCCCCCCCCCUUAAAUAAAUUGUUCCUUUCUUAUUCCAUUUUGCCUUCCUGUUCCAGUUGGACAAAGAUGCAGAAGCCGUGUGCCAAAGACCAUGUGUCUUUACUUUAUCCAUAAGGUUUGUCACGCUGAGCUUGUCCUUUAGCCCAGCUGCUUUUUAGAGUUUUGAAAGUCUACCUCAUUGUGGUCUGCCAAGUUUGCUGCUACUUAACAGUUGUGGAGUAUGUUCAGAUGGGGCACAAUAAAGGUGU